AUGAACGCUGUCGUCGGAUCGCGCGACCUCUGGAGCAUCAUUGCCGCCUUCCAAGACGGCGUCUACGAAGACGCACGCCCCUUCAUCGCCAUCGAGGACUCUCUCUUGGCCCUCGACAUUGCAUCGGCCCUCGACGUGCUGACGCCCGUGCUCGAGCACUGGUAUGCAACGGUCUCGAUCGACAUCGCUCGUCGCCGAUGGCCUUACUUUAAUGCGCGCUUGCCGUGGCUCUCGUCGUACGCAGCGUACCACGCGGCCAAAGUCGGCAAGGUCGACCGCCUCGCCGCGCUCCCGGCGUUGCGCUCGGUUGACUCGCCCGAGGUCGUCGUCGAGCUCGCGAUCGAACACCACCAGCUGCACGUGCUGGCGUUUCUCCAUACAACGUUCGGCGCAGUAGCGCCGUGGUUUACAAAGGACACGCUCACGAUCGCAGCCGCCGCGGGCAGCUUGCCGGUCGUCCGAUACAUUUGUAACAGCGUCGCCUGCGGCGGUACGUUCGACGCCUUGGACCUCGCGGCUUCGUUUGGCCACUGGAACGUGGUUGUCUACUUGCACACGCACGCGCACGGCGGCCAAGGGCACAUUCACAUUGUGCGCUUCCUCAAUGAGAGCCGCACCGAGGGCUGCACGACGGACGCAAUGGAUGGCGCUGCGGCCAACGGCCAUUUGGACGUUCUGACGUAUCUGCACCAACACACGUCGGUCGGGUGCACGGUACACGCGAUGGACAGCGCCGCGACCAAUGGCCACAUGGACGUCGUGUCCUUCUUGCAUCGAAUGCGACGCGAAGGGUGUUCGACACGUGCGCUCGACGGUGCGAUCGUGCACGGCCAUGACGCAGUUGCGCACUUCUUGAUCAAGUGCCGACGAGAAGGGUGUGGGCCGAAAGCCCUCGCGUCCGCGGCCCUUCGACGCGACCCCACGAUGCUCAAGGCGCUCUUGGCGCAGCAGCAGCGCCGCGCAAAGGCAAGCAAAAACCGCUUCAACGUGGCGACGCACCUGAUGCGCUGGCUCGUGCCGGAUUUCUUCCAGAAGCGAACGGUAGCCCCGCCAUCAUGA